ACGUUUCCAGAGGACAUAGGUGGUGGCGAAGAAGGCGCUAAAGAGGCCCAGGAACAUCCAAACCGAGAAGCUUACUUCAUUAUUGGAGCUGUCGGCGUAGCACUCAUAAUGCUAAUUGCCAUUAUCGGCCUACUUUUCAUCUCUUGUUGCACCUGUUGCACAAAGAAGAGUAAAGGGACUAAAAAGAAGAAUGGGAGGAAACACAAAUCGAGUGAGAACAAAGAUCGCCAGGGGAACAGUGAAGAAGGAGCAGGAGUUGUAUUCCAACAGGAAGACGAUACUGUGGGAGGAUAUGGACAGUCUCAUUACGAUUCGGAGUCUGAAUCAGAAGUUGAUCCAGAUUUUAAGCUUAAUGAAUCGGACUAUGAUGAGGACGGAAACCCAAAGGCAAGUAUAUGA